GAGUUGAUGACAAGUCCAAUUAGAACUCUGUGUAAAUCUGCAGGUGUAAACCAAGAUCAAUCAGCCAGUAAGCAACAACCGGGUUAUUUCGUUCUUUUUUAAAGUUUUGUUGUGGGGCUUGUGCUGUUGUGUUGAAUCAGAAAGUGUGUGUCAAAUAAGCAUGGCGAAAAGCAUUCAGGCUUGCUACUUGGCUAAAGCAAAGCUCUGAUAAAGAAGACAACCCAACACACCUUCUCUACCUUUCCUCUCUCCAGUCAAAUUUGAACUUCGAAGAAGGGUAGAAAGAAAACCACCCUCCUCCCUCUCCCUUUAAGGGUCCUAAAGCCCUUUGGUAUGGUAGUAUCUCAGACUUCUAUGAGAGAGAGAGAGAGAGAGAGAGAGAGAGAGAAGGGGAGAGGAGGGGCCUUAUAGUUUUCCUCUUAUCUUUUUUUGGUAAGAUGUUUUCCUCUUAUCUCUUCCAAAGCUGAAACAACUGCCGUUCAACCUCAUGUAGUUUGGGGGGAAUAUGCUCCGAUAGGAUCUGAAUUGGAAACAAAUAUUUCGGAGACUUCAGGACAAGAAAAAUUUGGAAACUCCUUUGUUUUCUCUCGAGAGUUCGGGAUGUUUGGGUGCCAGUGUUUCUAUUGGAGCAGAAUCUCUAAUUUAUCGUCUCCUGAACCGGAGCCUUUUUCUCUGCCGAGUCCUCUUCCUCGAUGGCCUGAAGGUCAAGGUUUUGCCAGACAAAGAAUUUGUCUGGGAGAAAUCGAAGUUGCUCAAAUCACCCAGUUUGAGAGCGUUUGGAGCUGCAGUUUAUAUAAUGAUAGCAAAAAAGGUGCUGCAUUCUAUAAACCCAUAGGAAUCCCUGAUGGCCUUUUCAGCCUCGGUUACUACUGCCAAUCAAUGGAGCAGCCUUUACGUGGGUAUGUUCUUGCUGCUGGAGAAGUGGUUCCUUCAGAUGCAAAAGAGAGGCAUUUUUGCCGCACAAGUGACUCACCAGCUCUUACCAAGCCUGUUGACUAUACAUUGGUUUGGAGUACUGAUAACUGGGAUGGCGACAAUCAUGAUGGAGGUGGUUACUUUUGGUUGCCACAACCACCUGAAGGUUAUAAAGCUAUGGGACAUGUGGUCACUAACCAGCCAGGCAAGCCUUCACUUGAAGAAGUGAGAUGUGUCCGAGCUGAUCUCACAGAGACCUGUGAGACCAAUAGUUUAAUUCUUAACAUAAACUCCAGUUCUUCUAAGUUCCCAUUUCAGGUUUGGAGAACAAGACCCUGCCAUAGAGGAAUGCUGGGUAAAGGUGUCUCCAUUGGAACAUUCUUCUGCAGUGGCUACUGGAGCUCUGGAGAUGAGAUGAAUAUUGCAUGCUUGAAAAAUCUUGAUUCAAGCCUGCAUGCUAUGCCAAAUCUGGAACAAGUCCAUGCUCUUAUCAAACACUAUGGACCUACAGUUUUCUUCCAUCCUGAUGAAAUAUAUUUGCCUUCUUCUGUGCCAUGGUUUUUCAAAAAUGGAGCAUUGUUAUACAGAGAAGGUGAGAUAAAUGGUAAUGCAAUUGAUUCUAGAGGUUCAAACCUUCCGAGUGGUGGCACUAAUGAUGGGGAAUAUUGGAUAGACUUGCCACAAGAUGAUUGUCGUAGUACUGUUAAAUGUGGCGACAUAGAAAGUGUAGAAUUCUAUGUUCAUGUGAAACCAGCCUUGGGGGGAACCUUCACUGAUAUUGCAAUCUGGAUCUUUUGCCCCUUCAAUGGGCCAGCCGCUAUCAAGGUUGGGGUUUUAGAUUUUGAACUCAGCAAGAUAGGACAGCAUGUUGGUGAUUGGGAGCAUUUUACACUCCGUGUAAGCAACUUCACUGGUGAGCUUUGGAGCAUAUACUUCUCACAGCAUAGCGGUGGUGAAUGGGUGGAUGCAUGGAACUUGGAGUUCAUUGAAGGGAACAGGGCAAUUGUUUAUUCGUCAAAACACGGUCAUGCAAGCUUCCCACAUCCAGGGAGCUAUAUUCAAGGUUCUGAGAAGCUGAGGAUAGGAGUAAGGAAUGACGUCGCUCGAAGCAAUUUUUAUGUUGAUUCAAGUAUCAAGUAUCAGAUUGUUGCAGCUGAGUAUCUUGGCGAUGGAAUCGUGACAGAGCCAUGUUGGUUACAGUAUAUGAGAGAAUGGGGUCCAACCAUUGUGUAUAAUUCGCGUUCAGAACUUGACAAAAUUAUUAGUCUUCUCCCAAUGCUGAUCAGGAAUUCUGUGGAGGACAUUUUUGACAAAAUCCCAGUGGAACUUUCUGGAGAGGAAGGACCCACUGGACCCAAGGAGAAGAAUAACUGGGUGGGAGAUGAAAGAGGGUAGGUUGGUUUCAUUUGCCAUCUUCUCUACGGAGUCCCAUAAAUAUUACCAAUCUGGGUGUUUCAAGUAGUCUCUUUUUUUCUGUGACAGUAUGUAUAGUUGGUAUUCCUUGUGGCAUAUAUAAGUUAGUGAGAGAUGUACUUUUCCUUUUGACAAAAUUCAAAAUUUCUACAAUGAGCUAUCGGGGAAAGGGUACCAAGGUUUGUGGUUCUUGUCCAAAAAGGGGAUUAUUAGAUUGUUCCUAAAUGGUUACAAGAAUUUAUUUUGGAAAUCAAAGAUUAACACAUCUUGAGUAGGCGAAAUUUCGGUACAGAUGAUGAUAAGAGAUGUUUAUGAUCUAUAUCAGAACAACUGAUUGGCAGGUUUUUAACUACUGCAAGCUCUGUUCAUCAAUAUUCCCUCUUUGUGUUGAAUGGCUGACAAAACCUUUAUAACAAGGACUUUCAAUCUCCUAUGCAACUGGAAUAGCCCAGGAGUGCUCUCUAUUGUGGUAAUUUAAAAUGUCCUCAUCAGGAAAAACUUUGUGGAGAUCCCAAUUAUAUGCAGAGUGACUGAAGGUUCGAAGAGUCGCGAACAUUAGUUGCUUCCCUGAUGAUCUGCUUUCAGAAUGAUUCAAGACUCUGGUGGAUAAUGGAUGUUAAGCUUCCAGGAGGAGGUAAAAAGCUCUUUCUUCACAAAAUGUAAACUCUCAUGAACUAUUUCAGAACCUACAGUUAGGAAAAAAAUAUAUCUUCUUGCACUGCA